AUGAGAUAUUCUAGGCUUGUUCAAGAUAAAGAUGCAUUAUAUUUCACAUCUACGGCAGUUUUCCUAUCGGAAUUAUCCAAACUAAUCAUUUCUGUUUAUAUGGCUAUACAAAAUCAAAUAAAGACAAAUGGUCGUUUCAACCUACAAGAGCUUUUCAAUGAAGUGUUUGCACAAGAUGCAUGGAAAUUAGCAAUACCGGCCAUUUUGUACACAAUCCAAAAUAAUUUACAAUACAUAGCAGUAAGUUUACUGGAUGCUGCUACUUUUCAAGUAACUUAUCAAUUAAAAAUAUUAACAACAGCUUUAUGCUCAGUGAUAAUGUUGAGAACAUCAUUGAGUGGUGCUAAAUGGAUUUCUCUAGGGUUACUGACAUUUGGUGUCAUAUUGGUACAAUUAAGAACUAAUACUACAGUUGUAAGUGAGGAUAAUGGUGACGAUGAUGUGGAAAAUUUAAUAGCUGAAGAACCAUUAUUGGAGGAAGAACAAGUCGUGGUUGAAAGAAUGCUUGGUUUGUUAUCAGUUGCUAUAGCAUGUAUCAUCUCAGGUAUAGCCGGGGUGUAUUUUGAAAUGGUGUUGAAGGGAUCAAAAGCAUCCAUAUGGACACGCAAUGUACAAUUAUCAUUCUUUUCUUUAUUUCCAGCAUUGAUUAUAGGAGUUUGGUGGAAAGAUGGUGAGGGAGUUUGGGAAAAAGGUUUCUUCCAUGGUUACAAUAUGAUUGUUGUUGGUGCCAUAACUUGUCAAGCUGUGGGCGGUAUCAUAGUAGCCAUGGUUGUAAAAUAUGCUGAUAAUAUUCUUAAAGGGUUUGCAACCUCCAUUUCCAUCAUAAUAUCAUUCUUGGCAUCUGUUUUCUUAUUUGAUUUUGUUGUCACUUUUAAAUUUUUGGUUGGUUCAACUUUUGUAUUGAUUGCAACUUAUAUCAAUAAUAUGGAUUACAAAAAAAUUGAUGACAAAGAUAUAAUAGAAUCGGCAGUUUAG